AUGCCGGGUCUUGCUGCCAUGACAAGCGCAAGUCGGCGAGGCGACCACUUGUUGGCCCCAUGCCACAGUCACAGUUUUCCACUUCCACCCCAUCCUCCCUCGGUCUCUCGGGUGCUGCCGACUCACAAAAUCCCUUCAUACAAGUUUUCCGUAGCAAUGAAUGCUCAAAACAAACAAGAUUUGGUAGUUACCCAGUUGGAUAAGCGUUUUAACCACUUCCGCAAUGCUUCGGGCAAUCUCGACGGAGCUCGGCUCUUCGUCGUUGUAUCUGCGGGUCGACAAAUUGAGCACUGA